CGGAUGGUUAGCAGACAACUAUCAAACAACGACGGCCUGUCAGCCAUUUAAUCAACUAUUUAGAAAAGAAAAAAAUGUGACUAAGUGAGAAGAACCCCUUUCCGAGGACUGUCGGAAGCUCAUGACAACUUCGGCCGCUGUGAGAGGCGCGACAUGGCAUCUGAGUCGAGUACAUACAAUGAGGAAAGGAACCGUCUUCGCCUCCGUGCAUGGGAGCAGAGGAACCAAGAAACAAGCCAAGCCAAAGAACUCAACUUUGAGACUGUGCCGCUCUUUGGGGUACCAUACAAGACAAACAAAGGGGAUGAGCUUUCCAAUCGAAUCCAGGGGAUGCUUGGCAGCUAUGAAGAUGUGAAUAAUCCAUAUCCCUUUGCUAUUGAGCCAUUACCCAUUCCUACUUGUGUAACCUUCUCACACUCAGAUCAGGGUCCGCCAAACACAGAUAAGCCGACCAAGCCGCCAUUCCAUAACCAAAUCCAGUACGUGUCCACCCAAAGUCAGAAAGCCCCAUCUAGUGACAUCUACAACUCUCAGCCGGUGAGGUCGUCCACUGCCUCUUCUCCUCACCAUCAUGGACAUUCAUCCACUUUCUCAAAUGUUUCUUUGAACCACAGUCAGCUCAGCAUCUCAGCACAUCAACAAAAGAGGAGUGAAGCCCACUCGGAGCUCAAGCAGUGUGUCGGCCUUUCCCGUGAAAUGUCUUCUCAGUCUCCUGAUGCUGAGCUGCUCCCUUUCCCACAUUCCAGUGACCAUGAUGACAAGGACAUGGAUGUUUCCACUUUUAACCUGAAGCAGUCCCCCAGCGAAGCGUCUCUGUCCCAAGCAAACAAGGGUAAUGCACUACCUUCCCAGACCUUCCCGUCACUCCUGUCGUCAAAGCAGCCCAGCGUGGUCAUGACCAAGAAGCCCACGGCGUAUGUGCGGCCCAUGGAUGGUCAGGACCAGGUGGUCAGCGAGUCACCUGAGUUGAAGUCUUCACCGGAGCCAUAUGUACCGCUACCUGAGUUAAUCAACAAAUCUGAUCUAGGCAUUUUGGAGACGAGUUCAAAUGAAGUUCUAUGUGUGCAGGACAUCUUGAGGGAGAUGAUCUUCUCGUUGCCCCCUCUCCUGACACCUAUUCACUCACCUAUCCCCGAUGAACCCUCCAAGUCCCUGUUCCAAGCCAAGGAAGCCGAGCGUGUCUCUUCAUGUCCAGGAAAAAAGAACUAUGAGAGCUCUCCUGCAGAUCCAUCCCAGCUCAUCCAGCAGAGCUCCUCAGCUCGUUCAUUUGAAGCGGCACAUAUCAGAGGGGUAGAGUCCACCAGCUCCAGCGACUCGGAGAGUAGCUCAAGAUCAGAGUCGGAGAGUGACUGCGCCAUCGAGGAGCCAACUCUGCUCCCUGUGAGUAACUUGAACGUCAAAACCAAGCCUGAUGCUCCAGCAGUGACGCAUGGCGAUUGGCAGUUGGGAAACUGGAUCCGGUCAAGUCAGCAGAACGCCGGCGCUGAGAGCCAAAGCGCUGCACAUGCCUCCGAGGGCCCCGCUCACAAGCAGCCACCGCUCAGUCAUAGCUCAAAGCUCUUAGCCAGCGUAGAGGUCGCCGACCCCACCAGGGCGUCCAAACCUCAGCUUUCAACUCGCCAGAGAGACUUCCCUGAUCGGGUUGCAAAGCUCCAGCAGCACAGGGAAAUCCCUCAGGACAUCUACAACCACCAAAGUAGCCAACUAUCCCCCCUCGGUGAUUUCAACAGCUGUAGCAGUACCAGGAAACUUCCAUUGAACAAGCACUCGUCAAUACCAGAGAGGGCAGGUUGCCCAGAUCGCGCUGAAGCAGCUACCGCUGUGAAGUGUGAGGAAGUCGUCGCCACGCAAGACAAAGAGCCCUGUUCCACAGAUCGACCCAAGGUAAAGACGAAAACAGGACGUGGCAAGAAAAGCAAGGAUAAAAGUGACACUAAAAGAGACGGCAAAAGGACUUCACAAUGCACGGCGCUUGACAAACGGAAGGCUGCAGAAGAGCCGGAACUCCCAGCGGUCCCGUGUGGUCAUUGUCCAUUAUGUGGGGUACAAUAUCCGAUGCGCUGCUCCUGCCCCACACAAAGUCACACUCAGCCCGACCUGCUGUCUCCAGUCCGACUACUUGAAAUCAGUAGUAGCAAAGAGAAGUCUGAGAGCCUCUGCCAGAGGGGGCCCAAGCCUCCUCACAAAACAACACACAAGAACUCUGAGAAGACUAGACCGAUAGCCAAGAGUUGUCGUGACCCCCACAGGCCUUCGAGAUCUCUGCUGGUGAAGAUUGAUCUAAGACUCCUCUCGCGAGUGCCCCCGACCCUGGACAACCACCAGGAGACCCCCGUCCCUGCAAAGAGACCAGCACUGGUCAUAGAGCAAGAUGGAGGGGGCAGGGAUGCUUCCACUACACACAAACCCCCCAAAACCAGCGCAAAGAGUAAACCUCAAAAUGUUGAGGUAGUCAAUGCAACUCAUCCCAAGAAGAAACAGAGGCUGGAAAACAAGAAUACCUCAUCAAAUCGUGCUUCUGUCAAACUGGAACGUUCCUGCAAUUCCAAAGAGGACCGAGAUCAAAAGAAGGCAAAGAAAACCCCUUGUCCUUUGCAGCAGCCUCUGACCCCCAGAGACCCCGUCAAAGGCCCGAAGUCGCACAAACGCACUUUUGGGGAAACCAAGGAGUCCAGUGAGGCGGGAGUGACGCGCAAGGACUCGAACACAAAGCACAAGAAGAGCAGCGGAAAGCACACGGACCCGCCGCGUGCUGAAAAGAAGCCGCCCAAGAGCAGCGUGGACAUCCCAUCGUCUUCACAGGCCACCCGGGACCCUUUGAGCAGCAGGCCCUUGUUCAGAUUAGAGGAGAGGCAGUAUCCGGUAAAGCAUUACAUAAAGGAGGCCAAAAAACUGAAGCACAAAGCCGAUGCAGAGUCCGAUAAGCUCAGUAAAGCUUUCAACUACUUGGACGCGGCCAUGUUCUUUGUUGAAAGUGGCAUUGCCAUGGAAAAAGAUCCUCACGUUUCAAUGUCUUCCUACACUAUGUUUGCAGAGACAUUGGAACUGCUCAAGUUUGUACUGAAACUUAAAAAUUCAGAGGACGUCUCUGCUUCACCUUCAGAAAAGGACUUUUUAUCUUUGUGUCUGAAGGGCCAGUCUCUGCUGCAGAUGGCCAUGUUUCGCCACAAGCAAAAAAUUGCACUCAAGUAUUCAAAGACUCUCACUGAACACUUCAGUAACUCAACCGCUCCCCACGCCUCUGUCGUAUCACUAAAAGUGACGGACACGCCCCCGUCCCACACCCCCACCAUGCCGUCUCCGGCCAACACGUCCAGCGGCCCCGGCUCCAACCUCAGCGUCGGCGGGUCGGCCGUGGACCCGGCCGCCGGCUCCGCCGCCACCGUGCUGGUUCCCCACGCCAUCGGACAGGUGGCGUUCACCUACGUCAACAUCACCAUGUUGUUCCUGAGCGCUCACGACAUCUGGGAGCAGGCGGAGGAGCUGGCACACGGAGGCAGCGGCGUGCUGACGGAGCUGGACGCCGCCAUCGGCCCGUUGAGCCUCGCGUCCAGCAUGAGCUCGCUGGUCGGCUACACGCGGCGGGCCGUCCACUGGCUGAGGCUGGACAGCCGGAAGGUAAAGUGACCCGCCGCUCCUCUGCUUCCCCCUCGGCACCGACCCGGACCGCCCCGUUCCUCUUCCUCCCGUGGAAAAUACAGACAGACAUCUCACGUGAAGCGUGUUCCCGAGGACGCCGCGCUGAGCUUUGCACUUGUUAUUUCUUGUUUCCACUUCGGUGUUGCUCACUUUCUCUCUUGCACUUUUUAUGACGUAGGUCUCGUCUGCCGUAGUCCACUUCCUUCGUGUCCCGUGAGUCGGUCGUUGUGUUGGCAUCAUUUGUGAGUCAAGAUAUUCAAGAUGGCUGCGCAUGAAAUAUAACCUCAAGUGCCAUUUGUCUCCAGGCUCCUCCCCCUUUCCUCAUCAUGUGGCUGUGUUGCUAGUUCUGGCACAGAUUGUAUUUGUUAUCAUCACUUUUUAUUAUUAAUAAUACAAUAAGGCGCCGUAGUCAUCGUUCACGUGCAUCAUGAGUUGUGUUUGACGUCUCUUAAAGAGGGAUUACAUUUCCCUGUGCAGGCCGAAAGAUCCGUUUUUGAUUUGAAAGUCAGGGAUUUUGUAUUUUUCUUAAAUUAAGCAUUUUAUGUCUAAAAACCAGUGAUGACGACGUCAUGUCUACUGGUGACGCGGUCCGGUGUUGACCGUCUGGCGGAGAGAUGAGUCAUCGGGCUCUUGUUGCAAACGGGCCAGAUAACGGACAAUCGUUUUCAGUUUCUCAAAAGAACGUUGCCACGGUUACGCGGCUCUGGUCGGAUCGAAACGCACCGCAAUAAUAAUGAAAAUACAAAAUACUGUUAAUGCUGAUUUGACAUUUUUCUCUCACAGAACUGAACACGUGUAGGAUGAGUUCUGAGCACGAUCUGGACGUGAUGAGGAGGAAGUAAGAAAACCUCUGGGGACGCUCAGGGGAGACUAGCGACGGUCAGUUGUCGAUGAAUAAAGACGUCACUGUGAAUCGGGCGUAACUGUUGAAUCUGUGAAAAUGUUUACGUCGUUGCCAUGGCGAUCGCGUCUCGCUUGUCACGAUAACAAGUCGAGGGACCAAAGAACCUUUGAUUUUAUCCUCUUACACCGACUGUCCUGGGGCUCAGAGCUGGACGUGUUGGUGGGUUUGGGUUCACAGUCUUUCAAAUGGAACUACAGGAGCGGCCAUUAUUGUAGUCUCUGCACCAGGAAGCUGCGUUCCUCUGUGUCCCACUCUUCUGUUGAGGAGCGUCGCGUUGCCUAAAUCUGAGGGUGUAGAAUCAAAGGCCCAAACUAUAUCUAAAUAAAGAAUGCACUUUGAGGAGUUGUAGUUUCUAAUUUGGGAGCAGUCCUGGCCACCGCGGGACGGAGCUCCUCUUUUCUCCCGUUCGUUGCAAUAAAAAGCAUCGGGUGUGUCGGCGACACUCUUUUUUUUUAGUGAUGCGUUGACGUAGUUAUGACACUUUCACAAGUAAUCGGUAUGAAAUAGUGACGCGGGAGAAGAGCGGUGGCUUUAGUCGUCCUCUCGGUUUGUUGUCUCACGACUAAAGGGCUCGACGAGGAUCACGCGUGUUCCUCACGUGUGAUAAAGUGAUAUUUUUUUAAGUGAGGAGCGAUCACUCUGGUUGCCAUGGCAUUUGAGAUUAUUUUUUCUGUACCAAUCAGGCUUCUGUAGAAACGACCUUUAAUGUUUUCGCGCCGCGCUCAAGGUCGUUCAACUUCCCCCGUCGUCUUUUGAUACUCGUGGCUUUGUUUCCAUCGUCCGGUCGCCGGUGCUUCGUUUAUGAAUUACUCUGCGACAAGUUUACACUUCUUGACAAAUAAUUAUUUACCGGAGAAAAUGUUUAGAAACAUGUUUUGUGAAAUAUGUAAAGAAUUUGUGUUGCGGUGUACAAAGAUGAAUAAACACUGGAAAUGAA